AUGGACAAUAGAGCUUGGUUGAUAAACGGAAACAAUAAAGUUUUUUUGUUCUGGUAUCUUCUGUUCUGCACACAGGAGAACAAUCUGUCUGCGGUCACUGAGUUUUUCCUCUCAGGAUUUCAAGUCAGUCAAGAUUUAAGAAUUGUCCUUUUCUGUCUUUUCCUGUGUAUAUACUUGUGCACAGUAUGUGGGAACCUCCUGAUCAUCACCCUGGUGUCAACCAGCAAGAACCUUCACACCCCCAUGUACUUCUUUAUCUCACAGCUGGCCACCAGUGACAUUUUGGUGAUCACAGAUGUUGUCCCCAAGUUGCUUCAUAUCUUACUGAAUAAUGGGGGAACCAUUACUUUUAACGACUGUAUAACUCAGCUUUACUUUUUUGGCGUCUCAGAAACAUCUGAAUGUCUUCUCCUGGCUGUGAUGUCUUAUGACAGAUAUGUGGCCAUCUGUAAUCCUCUCCGUUACUCUUCUAUCAUGACAAGAGGAAAUUGUGUUAAAUUGGUCAUUAUCUGUUGGGUCAUUGGAUUUUCUAUUAUUUUUAUUUCCACCAUAACUAUAACAAAGCUAAACUUCUGUGGUCCCAAUGUUAUUGACCAUUUAUUCUGCGACAUUAUCCCUUCACUAGAACUUUCCUGUUCUGACACCUUUAUUGUUCACUUGGAGAUGUAUUUAUUAGGCUUUCCAGUUGUCUUUAUUCCAACCACCAUCAUUAUAAUGUCUUAUACUUAUAUUGUUUUAUCAAUUCUAAGGAUCUCAUCCAAUAUCAGUAGACAGAAAGCCUUCUCCACCUGUAGCUCCCACCUCGUUGUGGUCUCCAUAUUUUACUCUACUAUGUGCAGUGUUUAUGUUGUACCAACAAAAGGUCUAACACGCUCCAUGAGUAAAAUCUUCUCCCUGCUAUAUACUAUGUUUACUCCUAUGGUUAACCCCAUUAUAUACAGUCUGAAAAAUAAAGAUAUUAGGAAAGCCGUACAAGAAAUACUACAUAAGUGGGUGAUUUGGUAA